AUGGCGGCAGCUAACGAAAGCCGUGGAUAUCUCGCUGAUAGGACGGCUCUGGUUAAUACAUUCUAUGCUGUACCCAUCCCCCUCGAGGUUUUCAGCACGGCCUACAGGCUAUGGGUUAAAGCGAAACCUUCGUCACAAGGUCAUUGGGCCUUCGAUGAUUACCUCAUGAUUUGGGCCACUAUGGCUGCUGUUGCUGAGUGCAUUGCUGGCCUGGUGUAUGGGCCCCCAAAUGGACUUGGACGCCACAUACAAGCUGUCUCUGCAGAAGAUCGACAGAAGUACCUAAUGGGGGAUUACAUCUUUAGCCAUUUCUACGAUGUUGCUAUCGCUAGUACUAAGCUCUCAAUUCUGGCGCUGUACUACCGGAUCUUCGUAGCGCAUAGAUUCCGCGUUGUAAUCAUCGUCACCGCCGUACUAGUAUUCAUGUGGCUUUUGGCGAUGGAAAUUGUGCUCGGAUUAGGAUGUCGACCCGUCCAAGGCUGGUGGGAUGUAGUAGCUGCUGCGCGAGCUCUAUGUGUGGAUAAGGUAGCAUUCACGUACUCGACUAACAUCACGAAUAUGGUGUUUGAUAUUUGGAUUUUUGCUAUGCCUAUUCCAAUUAUCCUUGGGUUACAGGCAAGCACAGACAAGAAGAUUGGACUUUGCUUUUUAUUUUCUGCAGGCUUGGGGACGUGCGCUAUCAGCGCUGCCCGUCUUUCUGUCGUUGUAUCUGCGGGGUCCGAAGAUGUUACAUGGCAGGAGGUUCCGUUGGGGAUACUGUCGGCAUGGGAACCAUGUGGUGGAAUAUUGUGCGCAAAUCUGCCACUGGUCUACAGAGACAUGGUUCGAAGUUUCAAGCAAAUCGGCUCAACGGUGAAAAGUUCGAGGUCCCACACUCACGAUUUCGGCAUACCACCCAUCUUGCCGUACCAUGAUUGGUCUCGGAUUACCAAUAGCGGUUCUAGUCAUCAUCGUGCUAUCUCAAAAGUCACUGUGACUAGAGGUUCGAUGGAUCCUACUGAAAUGGACACGGCUGGGUGCACUGGUAUAAAGAUAAAGCGUGGUUUUAAACAAGAAUUUCAUCGCGAACAGCUACGGUAGAAAAUCCUCUUGGUUUACGAGUCGACUGCAGCAGGUCUACGGCCGGCAAUCAAAGACAUAGUAAGCUAGAGUCGGUUGCUCAAUUUUCAAUAUAAAUCCUUGCCAUUUCCCAAACUAUGUUGUCUAUAGAAUCUGCCGCCUUCUGAUAAUGGUGCUGUCCCCGUCAUUCUCUCCUAUCUUAAUCAAAUGUGGCAAGCCAGUCUUUGAUCUCCUUGUUCACUGCACUAGGGCCCUCGAUCAAAGCCCAAUGGCCGGUAUUCACCUCAGCUCUUGUCAACUUAUCAAAAUACUUGUCCAUACCCUUAGAUAACUCCGGAAUGAGUACCGGAUCAUUGCGCGCUUGAAUGAACAGAACCGGCAUUUUGAACUUAU